AUUAUUAAAAGUAUUAUUUUUUAUUAUUUCAGAUUUAUUAUUACAACUUUAGUUACUUUGUAUAAAUACAAUUUUGAUGGAUUGGAUAUUGAUUGGGAGUUUCCAGUUUGGAAUGACAACACCAAAGAAGACAAGGAAAAUUUCGCUAAUUUCUUAAAGGAAUAUGCCACAAUUGCAAAAUUUUAUGCUGAAGCUAUAGGUAAAAAUCGAUCUCUGUUAAGUGUUGCUGUAGCUGCUCCACAAAAUAUUGUUGAUUCAUCAUAUGAUGUUCCUCAAAUGGCUAAAUAUAUUGAUUUCAUAAAUCUAAUGAGUUAUGAUUUUCAUGACUUUUUUUGGUAUACUCCCUUUACUGGGCACAACAGUCCUCUUUUCAACAGAACCACUGAGAAAGCAUAUUUUGCUACUCUCAAUACAGCAUGGGCAGCUGCGUAUUGGCAUCAACUUGGGAUGCCCAAGUCCAAAAUAAUGGUGGGUAUACCAACAUAUGGCCAUUCUUAUACUCUUGUGAAUCCUGAUAUAAAUGGUGUUGAUGCUCCAGCUGUUGCCUCAUUUGGUGAUGUGACAUUUCCUCAGGUUUGCACUUAUUUAUCGAAUGGGGCACACCGUGUUUUUGACAAUGAGAGCCUAGUACCAUAUUUGUAUUCUGGUUAUGACUGGAUAUCUUAUGAAGAUACUACCAGUAUUUAUGGAAAGGCGAAAUGGAUUAUAUCCGAAGGCUAUGGUGGUGCCAUGACUUAUAACUUGAACUCAGACGAUUGGAGUAGUGUCUGUGAUAAAGAACCCUUCAUAUUACAUCGUACCCUUUAUAAUGUAUUCAAUGGUUUAUGAUCUUAAAAAUAUUUAUUUUUAAUGUCAUUUACAGCCUUAUAGUUAUUUAUAUUUUAUUUAUUAUUUUUGUUUAUAUUUGUACAUAACAUAUUUCAUGCAAUAAAAUUAUAUAUUUUUAGACUUUGCAUUUUUAAUUUUUCUUGUUUCAAUAAUGUGUGUAAUUUUAAUUAUUUCAAUAUUAUUCAAAUAAAAGUGGAAAUAAGCUUUUGUAAUUAUUGUAGCUCACUAGUUCAUUACUGAAUGUGAUAUUAAAAUGUACACAAUGUCCAAAGUAAGUUAAAAAAAAUUAUGUAAAACUUUAUUUUCUAUAAAUAUAUAAAGUGAUAUAAAAAAAUAUGACAUUUUUGUGAAUUGAGCCAUUUUGUUGUUUGGCUUGUUUAAUGGCCUCUUUUUCCACGCUCUGACUUUUUAACCUUCUUUGGAGGCUCUGGAUUUCUAAAAAUAAAAUGCAUUUUUAUGAACUAA